AUGAAUGCUCGGAGGGCAAUCGAGGAAAUCAAACAGACAGCACACCCCGUCCCCGCGGUCUCUGGCCCCACGGAGCACGACCCGGAGAUUAUGGAUCUAGGAAACGAGUUAAUGACAUAACCUUCAAGACGCGUUAAUGAUCGAGAUAGAGCAUCAGAACCUGGAGGAAGAUUCCUCACACCUUGAGAGACCCAAGUACGAGCAGGAGGCGCGUGACCGCUGGAUGCAGAGAACGGCAUCCUUGUGCGAAAAAGGACGCCAACGAUCUGGCAUACCUCGCCAAACUUGAGUUGGACAACCGAGAAGAGAAGAGCGGUCGUCUCUAGUGUGGACGAGAUCCAGUUCCUGAGAAGAACCAUCUGAGACGAGGUAUUCGGAGGAUGGUGCGCCCAAGAUCAAGAAGAGGGCUCAGGUAACGCGGUCAAGGCGACACGACUUUGCAAACCCAGGGAGUGGAUCAGCGCGGCUCGCCGGGACAUCCGUGCACAGUUAG